CCUCCCCGCCCCCCGCUCCCCAGGAACCGGAAGUUCCCUUGUUGCUCCCAUCAUCCUGCCUGCCCUAGUAGCUGUCGGCUGCCGGGGCCGGGGCCGCCAUGAGCAAGCGGAAGGCGCCGCAGGAGAGCCCCAAUGCGGGGAUCACAGACUUCCUGAGCGAACUGGCGAACUACGAGAAGAACGUGAACCGAGCCAUCCACAAGUACAACGCGUACAGAAAAGCAGCUUCUGUAAUAUCCAAGUAUCCAAGCAAGAUCAAAAGUGGAGCUGAAGCAAAGAAGCUGGAAGGAGUAGGAGCUAAAAUAGCUGAGAAGAUUGAUGAGUUUUUAUCCACUGGAAAACUACGUAAGCUUGAAAAGGUGAACCUCUUUGACCUUCUUCUCUGUUUCACUGUGUCAAUUUGGUUAAGAAGUGCCUUGAUUCUUUGCAGUCCUUCUGCAGCUAGGAAGCUUGUGGAUGAAGGGAUAAAGACAUUGGAAGAUCUAAGGAAAAAUGAACACAAGCUAAAUCAUCAUCAGCGAAUUGGGCUAAAAUAUUUUGAAGACUUUGAGAAAAGAAUCCCUAGAGAAGAGAUGUUACAGAUGCAGGAAAUUGUAUUGAAAGAGGUUAAGAAACUGGACCCCGAAUAUAUUGCUACAGUCUGUGGCAGUUUCAGGCGAGGUGCGGAAUCAAGUGGGGAUAUGGAUAUUCUCCUGACCCAUCCAAGUUUCACUUCUGAAUCAACCAAACAGCCAAAGCUUUUGCACCAAGUUGUAGAACAAUUGAAAAAAAUCCACUUUGUCACAGACACAUUGUCAAAGGGUGAUACGAAAUUCAUGGGUGUAUGUCAGUUGCCAAGCGAAGAAGAUGGAACCAAUUAUCCAUACAGGAGAAUUGAUAUCAGGCUGAUCCCCAAGGAUCAAUAUUAUUGUGGGGUACUGUACUUCACAGGCAGUGACAUAUUCAAUAAGAACAUGAGAACUCAUGCCCUGGAAAUGGGUUUCACAAUCAACGAGUACACAAUCCGGCCCUUGGGAGUUACUGGAGUUGCUGGGGAGUCCCUCCCAGUAGAGAGUGAAAAGGAUAUCUUUGACUACAUACAGUGGAAGUAUCGAGAGCCAAAAGAACGGAGUGAAUAACUUGCAUUCGUAGGUUCACUAGCUAGUGCUCACUUAUUUUGCAGCUUUUAUGAAUAAUCAUCGGAAUCAAAUCUAGGUGCAUAUUUAUUGCUUGAACAUUACUUCAGAAGGUGUGUAUUACUGACACUGUUUUUAAACAAUAGUUCCAUGGCACUAGAGUAAAAUGUGUUAUAAAAAUUAAAUCACGUAACAUUG